AUGGCCUCGCUCAUUUCCUCCGUGUUCGCGUCGACGUAUGGGAAGAACAGACCGAAGUUCUUCUGGUGGUAUGAGCCUGGAACGAGCGCGUCCGAGAAGAAGUUGUUGUUCAAGAUCGAUUUCUUCAUCCUGACGUUCGGGUGCUUGUCGUAUUUCACGAAAUGGUUGGACCAGGCGAACCUGUCGAACGCGUACGUGAGCGGGAUGAAGGAGGACCUGAAUAUGGUCGGGAACGAAUACACCCUCGCCACGACGUGCUUCCAAGUCGGAGCGAUAUUAGGAGGAAUACCGAGCAAUCUACUCCUAACUUGGGUUCCGCCGAGGAUCCUGCUCCCCGGUUUGGAGCUUCUCUGGGGGAUUUUCACACUCGUAACCUACAAAGUGACCAGUGCGAACCAACUCUACCCUCUGCGUUUCUUCGUCGGUUUCCUCGAAGGCUCCUCAUUCGUCGGUAUCCAAUACAUCCUCGGCUCUUGGUACCGCCGCACUGAACUAGGCAAACGAACCUCCAUCUUCCUUACCUCCGCCUACAUCGGCACCAUGAUCUCCGGCUACCUCCAAUCCGCCAUUCAAGCCUCCUUAGACGGCCACGGCGGCCUCGCCGCCUGGCGCUGGGUCUUCAUCAUCGAAUCCGUGAUGACCAUGGUCGUCGCCAUAUACGGGUACUUCUUCUUCCCGGACACGCCGGAGACGACGAAGGCGUGGUAUUUGAGCGAGGAGGAGAGGGAGAGGUGUAAGGAGAGGUUGAGGAGUGAGGGGCGGGAACCGGUGGGCGAGUUUGGGUGGGGGAUAUUUGGGAGGAUGGUGAGGAGUUGGCAGUUUUGGAUAUUUUCGGUUUUGUGGAUGUUCUGGAAUACGACGGUCGGGAAGGUUUCGACUACGGUGAUGCAAAUGUUCCUGAAGGACGACACGCAGCAUACCUGGUCUGUAUACCAGAUCAACAACAUCCCGACCGCAAUCUCUGGAUGGAACAUCAUCGUCAUGCUCCUCACCUCUGCCUACAUCGACGCCACAGGCCACCGCAUGGGCGUCAUCGUCGGCCUCCUAUCCUGCCUCCUCUUCGGAACCAUAAUCCUCGUAAUCUGGUCCGUCCCGCUCGGCCUCAAAAUCACCUCCUACCUCUUCGCCGGCCUCGACGGGCCCCUCUCGCCCAUCGUCAUGUCCUGGGCGAACCUGAUGUGCGGGAAAGACCCACAAGUGCGCGCGUUGACGCUCGCGUUUAUGAAUUCGCUGGGGGCGGUGACGACGACGCUGAUACAGCAGUUUUUGUAUCCGGUCACGACGGCGCCGGAGUAUAAGAAAGGGUUUAGGGCUAGUUUGGGUUUCGUGUGUGGGAUGUGCAUCUGGGUGUUCGUAGUCCGCGGGUUCGAGAUGUGGUCCGUCCGAAGAGAGGAGAAAGAGAAAGGGGUACAGAACGGGGAGAAGAGUCUGGACGAGGAGAGUCAGGGUGGUGUGGACGUUGUCGUCGCUGAUGAUGUCUCAUAUGAGAAGAAAUUGGAGAAGGGGCCUGUGGAGGCCGAUGAUGGGACGAGUGUGGAGGUGAAGGAGGCGAGGGGGUGA